UAGAACAUAAGCCACGGGUGCUCACUUGUAAGUCCGAGUGUUGUGAGUCCGACAUUUCCGACUGCGCAUGAAAGCAGCAUAACACAAGCACACUGUCCCCGCAGUCCACAGCACACACAGCCGCUACCUGCCAGGCGGAAUGGACGUACCCUCCAGUUUCACCAGCUUCAUCCCCAGCCCAGCGGAGCUGCGAGAAAAGCCAGGACCGACAUGACAGCGCCGGGACGGGAGAAGAAAGCCCGCCAGCAGCCGCGGGUGACCGUCCGGCCAGAGGCGGUGUGGGCUGCGGGUCGUUACGCCGUGCUGGCCGCCCUGUGCGUCCUGUGCUACAGCAACUCUCUCCACGGGGAGUUGGUGCACGACGAUGUGUGGGCUAUCAUCAACAACCCGGACGUCCGACCGGGUUCCAGCCUCAGAAACAUCUUCACCAACGACUUCUGGGGAAAGAGGAUGGCAGACAAUACGAGCCACAAGUCCUACAGACCGCUGUGCAUCCUCACCUUCAAGUUGAACAUCCUGCUGCACGGCAUGACGCCUCUCUAUUUCCACAUUGUCAACGUGUGUUUGCACUGUGCCGUGACCUGCCUGCUCAUGCACACGUGUGAACGCUGCACGUUCGAAGACUCGCGUCUGGCCUUCGUCACGGCGCUCCUCUUUGCUGUGCACCCCGUCCAUACCGAGGCUGUAUCUGGUAUCGUGGGCAGGGCUGACGUUCUGGCCUGCCUGCUGUUCUUACUGACGUUCCUCUCCUAUAUUAGGAGCGUAGGUGUGUUUGUCUCCGAGGACUCUGUGCCCUCCACCGUGUCGGCGUGGUGUCUGCUCGUCAGUUUGUCGCUGGGCACCUGCGCCAUGCUGGUGAAGGAGACAGGCAUCACCGUGUUCGGAGUGUGCGUGCUGUACGACGCCCUGGUGCUCUGCCGAAAGCCUUUCAUCUAUCACCUGUCUGGCUCCAAACUUGGAGACCUCCUUCACAUCUUCAGCCCCUUCAUCAAACGAGCCUGCCUCAUCUCUGGCUAUGUUGUGAUCAUCAUGUCGGUCAGGCUGUGGCUGAUGGGAGGAUCCAUGCCUCUCUUCUCUGAACAAGACAACCCUGCCUCGUUCUCACCUCACCUGCUCACCAGGAUUUUGACCUAUUCUUACCUGCUGUCCUUCAAUGCGUGGCUGCUCCUGGCCCCCAUCGUGCUGUGUUAUGACUGGCAGGUGGGAAGCAUUCCCUUGGUGGAGUCGCUGGGUGAUGUGCGUAAUGUGGCUACUGUGCUGCUAGCCGUGGUGAUGGUCGUCCUCUGCCUGCACUGCGUCUUCUCACUGCAGCAGAGACAGGAGAGCAGGGAGGUGUUGGUGGGAUUGUUGUUUCUGGUGUUUCCCUUCAUUCCUGCCAGUAACCUUUUCUUCAGGGUGGGAUUUGUCGUGGCUGAGAGGGUUCUAUAUAUGCCAAGUAUGGGUUACUGCAUCCUGGUGGCUCAUGGCCUGGGUCGGUUGUGUUCGAUGGUGGGUCGCUGGGGCACCACGGUCCUCAGUGUCUCCAUGCUGCUGCUGCUCCUGCUCUUCUCCUGGAAGACCGUCCAGCAGAACCAGGUCUGGCUGUCUAGAGAGGCCCUCUUCCGCUCUGGUAUCCAGACUCUGCCUCACAAUGCCAAAGUCCACUACAACUUCGCCAACUUCCUGAAAGACAACGGCCGGCACCAAGAGGCCAUUCACCACUACACCACUGCCCUCAGGUUAUACCCCCGUCAUGCCAGCGCCAUGAACAAUCUCGGCACUUUGACUCGCAGCCCAGAGGAGGCUGAGCGCUACUACAGGAAAGCACUAGACAUCAACCCUCAGCAUAACCGAGCUCUGUUUAAUCUGGGGAACCUCCUCAAGUCCCAGGGGAAGGAGGAAGAGGCCGUGACUCUGCUGAAGGACUCCAUACGCUUUGGCCCACAUUUUGCUGAUGCUUACUCCAGUCUGGCAUCACUCUAUGCUGAGCAGAAACGCUUUGCUGAAGCCAAUGAAGUGUAUCUGAAAGGUAUAGAGAACUGUCCGGACAGCUCCGACCUGCAUAACAACUACGGAGUGUUCCUGGUGGACACGGGAGAGGGGGAGCUGGCAGCCGCUCACUACCAGCAAGCUGUCAAGCUCAAACCAGCGCACUACGUUGCCAUGGUGAACCUGGGCCGACUGCUUCGAUCGUCCAAUGAGAACAAAGAAGCUGAGUCUUGGUACAAGAGGGCUCUGCAGGUGACGAGGAAGGUGGACAUCCUGACUCCGCUCGGAGCUCUGUACUACAACACAGGUCGCUAUGAGGAGGCCUUGCAGGUGUACAGAGAGGCUGCCGCCCUGCAGCCAGAGAGCACUGACAUUUGGCUGGCUUUGGCUCAGGUUUUAGCCAUGGCCGGUCGUACCAAAGAGGCAGAGAAGAUGACCCUGGACAUCAUAUCCAGAGAGGGCAGCUGUAUCGAAUGUUACCGCCUCCUGUCUGCCAUUUACAGCAAGCGUGGCAACUACACAGAGGCUCUGGACGCUCUGGAUAGGGCCCUGCAGCAAAAUCCCAGCGAUCUGACAGUAAGAGCAGAGCUGUACUUCUCCAAAGGAAACCAGCUCAGAGAGAUGAACCAGCUGGACCAAGCUUUCGAGAGCUACAAGCUGGCUGUAGAGCUCAAACCUGACCAGUCCCAGGCCUGGAUGAAUAUGGGAGGGAUUCAGCACAUUAAGGGAGACUACGCAGCAGCCAGGAUGUACUACCAGCGAGCCCUGCUUCUGAGCCCUGGUUCCAAACUUCUGAAGGAAAACCUUGCCAAGUUAGACCGGCUGGAGAGGAGACUGACAGGAGGGGCAUAGACCACCGCCGUUCUCCAGAUGCUGUACCAUCCUGUGCACAGGUCAGGGCAGCAGGUCACCGCCCAGACCUCCUGAAGCCCAAACACCAGCCACCAGGUUGCUGGAUAAAACAGACCUGGUUACUCAUAUGACCUGCCUGUGUGAGAGCAGAAGAGGAGGGGGGAGGAGGGGGGGUCGUCGAGACUGUGGCGUGUUCGGAGGUGGACCCAGUGUGUUGGAGUCAAACAGACUGGUCGAGCCACAGAAGCCUUUCGUGGGGUGAGCAGAAGCGAAUGGCCGGUUGAAGACCACCGGGAGCUCCGUGCGUUGCCCUGUCUACAACAGCUUUACUUCAACAUGCACAUCUGCUUUCGACAUUUGUGUUUGCUUGAUUUUAUUAUUUAGGUUCAUGUGAAGUAAUUUCUUUUAUGGCACUUAAUCACAAAAUUAUAAUUCAGUCCUCUGCUCUGCCUAUGAGAAUUAUUCAUGUAUUUACAUUAGUGCAGUGAAAGUGUAUUGGAAAAUGUCACUAUUAUGAAGUAAAUGAAAAUCAUUUCCAAACUUGACAUUGGAAACAGUAUGUGUAAUAAAAUAAGCUCAAAGGCUCACUUACUAGCUCUUCAGAGGGCCAGAUUCUGCUUCAGUGAAGGGAGUGUAAUCAGCUGACCUGUCCAGCACUCAGUCACACACACAUGCAAUCUUUGGUCGCAUCAUGACAAAUGGUCAGUCGGCAUCAACCGGGAGUCGUUGGUCGGCCGCAGAAAAAAAUCAAGGAGGGCAUUCACAUCCAACAGCCAUUGUUUUGCAAGCAACAACAAGAGGUGUGGAAGCUACUUUGAAGAUGUAGCUUGUAAAUGUACAGGCUCCUCUUCAUGAGAAGUAAUUAAGUAAAUAGUAUUGGUAGUUUCUUUUACCAUUUUCUACCAUUUUCGAACAGAAAUUCAUGUUGUAGAUAAGUUCCAAAUAAUGAUAAUCAAACGCUUGUCCUCCUGCUCAUGCAGUGCACUUGGCUGCUGACUGACAGGAUCCGUAUCUUUUGACAGAAAAAUGAUUACACCCGUUUUUAAAACUUAAUUUUGAAAACCUGGCCCAGCUCCAUUCACUUAAGAGAUGCAGUUGGAAGCUCAGGAAAACCUAAUAAGUGGACCUUUGAGUUGCGUUUGUUGUGUUGCACACGAAGGGAGUAGUUUGACACAAGAUUAAUUUAACCACACUCACUAUCAGAGUCGAUCAGUGAACACAACAAAGAGCUCUCAGAUUACAUGACUUAUUAGAAAUGUAAUACGUUUCAAAACAACUAGUUUAUCUUUAGACAUGAACUAUGAGUUCCUCUGACCUCCAUUUCGAGAACUGGAUACAGUGUAAGACCUGAUGUCGUGAGCCUUCUGCAAGUAUAAUAAGCUAGUGUGUCUGCCUCUGUGCGAGGAGCUGAGACUUGUGGCUUCAUGCAUAUCGUAACCUCUGAAGGUUGUUGUUUGGUUGCUUGUUGUGGUUUUGUUGGCAGUGAUGUUGAUUGUGAAUGACUUACGGUGGAAUGACAUGAAACUGAAAUGACUCGUGCAAUGUCUGACUUGCACCAAGAAAAUAAAGUAUAUGUUUUAUUAAA